GAGAGCUCAGGCGGCGUUGUUUUUGUGCAAGAGAGGGCUGAAAACCGAUAUCAAACCAAUUUUCAUUUAGCUUAAAACAGUAACUUACUUAAAUGAACGAUUAUUUUAACGAUUCUGGGUUUAGUAAUACAUCGGAAAGCAUCGAAAAGAACGUUAAACAAUUCUAUGGGUGGCACUACUGCGUAUAUUGAGAGCGGCCUGUCUUUCUAACAAAUCACCACCAACACAACAUAAAUCGUUGCUGUGGAAACCAAAACAAAUCGGCAAAGGGUUUUCCAUUUUUCCCGAAGACGGCAGCGUACGUGCCGGUUUUCGCACCAUUCCCUUUCGUUCGCCGUGAAGAAAGAAAGCUGCUGUGUAAAAAUGCCGUUGAACGAAACCGAAACCGGACAUAUUCCCCCUUCACCGGCCGGGUAUCAGAUGCGACCGGAGCUAAGCGAAACCUUUAAAUCGGAAAAGAUACGCGAAAUUAUCAACAACGUGCUGACGGAAACGCUAACCGGUCAAACUUAUUCGGCAGCAGAUGCAUCCCGCUGGACCAAAUCAAUGGCGGACGAAAUAAGUUUGCAGGUAAAGGAUCUGGAAAUGCAUCAUUACAAGCAUGUGGUGCAGGUGUGGAUCGGUCAGCAGCUCGGCGCGGGUUGCAAAUGUGUGGCCCGAUGCCGUUGGGAUACGGAGUGUGAUAACUAUGCGACGGCCGAAUUUAAGAACUCGACGAUGUUUUGCCUCGUGACAGUUUACGGCCUUUAUUUGUACUGAUUGGCAAGGCGGAUGGCAACAACCCAAAACUGUGAUGCUGGAGCGUAUGCACGCGAAAGGGAGAAUGAAGGAAUACGUGUCAUAUGUCUCUUCUCGUUUCAACUUUAUCUAACUGAGUGUUGGACCGAGAUAGGGCGGCUGUAGCUGUAUCUGCUUAACACACUUUAGGGUAGCGGCAGUUUUUGUAUAUAAAUUAUUUUCGUUUGUGCAAACCGCGUGUGAAAAGCUUACGCAAGUCAAUUUGAACCAAAAAAGCAUGGCAUUGUGGAACAAUGAGCCGGGCAAAACGUUCAUAGUCGCCGAAAUUGGCCAGAACCAUCAAGGAUCACUACCUACAGCGAAGCAAAUGAUAAAAGCGGCCAAGGAAUGUGGCGCUGAUUGUGUAAAGUUCCAGCGAUCGAAUUUGACCGAAAAGUUUACCGCCCCUGCCUUGGCACGCCCUUACACCGGACCCAACUCUUGGGGCAGCACGUACGGAGAACAUAAGGAGUGGCUUGAGUUUUCGAUCGAUCAGUACCGUGAGCUGCAAGCGUUUGCCAAUGAGAAUGAUAUCGUAUUUACUGCGUCCGCAAUGGACGGAGCCUCGUACCGAGAGCUGGAAGAGCAGCUGGCUGUCCCGUUUAUUAAGAUCGGUUCAGGUGAUGCGGAUAACGUUCCGCUGUUGCGUUACGCUGCCAACCGAUCUACUCCGCUGAUAGUUUCUACCGGGAUGCAGGACUGGAAUCACCUGCGCACCAUUCACAGCAUGUUCCGUCAUCGCAAAGACGUGGCAUUGCUUCACUGUGUAUCGUCCUAUCCGACGCCGGCAGAAGAUAGUAUGUUGCAGAUGAUUCCUCUAUUUCGGAGUCAUUUUCCUGACCUUACCGUAGGCUAUUCGGGCCAUGAGCUGGGCAUACAGCUGUCUGUGGCGAGCGUAGUGUUGGGAGCACGGAUAGUCGAACGGCACUUUACGUUGGACAAAGAGUGGAAAGGAACCGACCAUAAGGCAUCGUUGAAUCCGGCCGAAUUUGCACGUAUGGUAAGGUGUAUUAGAGCGGUGGAUAAAAAGGCAGCAAGUCAGGAUGCAGGGGCAAUAAUUGAUCAGAUAAGAUGUGUACUGGAUGAGGAUGAUUUUAAUGAAGGCGAACUAAUUCUCGCUCUCAAGGAGGUUACCACGAACGACAGAAAGCUGCUAGAGUGUGAACGGCUUUGUCAUGACAAGCUGGGGAAAUCGUUGGUGUACGCCAACGAUGUCCAUUGCGGAACUCUUCUUGCCGAGACAGACAUUCGCAUAAAAGUGAGCGAACCGAAAGGUUUAGCUCCACGGAUGUAUGAUUCUAUAGUGGGAAAAAUAGUGAAACAUACCGUUUUGAAGGAUUAUCCCGUUUUGGAGCAACAUUUUUAACAUUUCUUUGAAGAUAGUUUAGCUUACGACGAUCGAAAGGAUAUUUUAUUGUGAAGUAGCACAUUAAUAUGUAUUGUACGCAAGGAGAAAAUAAAAUAAUGGGCACCACCAUCGGGAGCUAGCUUACUGUGUUGAACUGUAAA